AGGCUGUAUUGCAUCUGUCAGUGGCGUCCUUUCCAUCAUGGCGGCGCCCAGCGAGAAUCAUGCUUGCUUUUGUUUUUCUUCUAACAUAAUGGAGUUAAGUUAAGUUGCCACCUAAACUAGUAUCCAGCCAAAAAAAUAAUUAUAUUUCGAAUAACUCAGGUAAUAUGAAAGAUACAUAUUUGUUUGACUUUGUAUUUUACAAAGGUUGUUGAAUGGAUGUAAAUUGUAGUGAAUUAUAUAAUAAUUAUAAUUUAUCUGUUUCUACCGAUAUGUCUAUUCUGGUCGGUAGCUGGUGUGUGUGAUGUUUCUGAUUACUGUGUGGUGAGAAGCACCAAACCAUCAAAGUGUGUCAUCUUCAUCCUUCAAGCCAUUCUCUGUUGAGCUAAAACCAUGACAGUUUCACUACAUUUGGGUCUCUCAUUCAUGACUCGCAAAUUUGCCAAAGCCUGUGUCACAUGUUUGGAGAGACAUAAUGUGGUUCGCAAUAAACAAUUUCUCUGUGCUCUGAGAAACUUUGGGACCGGCCCAAAUGAUUCCGACAGAGACGACAGUAGUUCAGACGCCCCUGCAUCCACAAUCCCACAGUUCUCUCGAAGAGCUUCUUUGUUUGGAAGGCGUCGACCUCUGUCCCCACUAGAGCGGGUCAGUCAGCUUCUGCCUGAAGACAGAUUAAGUCAAGAGGUUUGGGCUUUACGGGACACUAGAAACACUGAGGAGGAACAGGACAGUCAGAGCCUGGGAAAGGAGCCGGAAGAAACAACAGAGGAACCUCAAGGAUCUUUUGCUCCACAUCAUGUGUGUGUUCCUGGGGAAAGGCCAAUACGAUUUGGAGAGACUCUGCUGGCCGAGUUCAGUCGAAAGAGACGUUUGGAGUUUCGGAAGAUGUUCCAACUAAAGGAAGGACUGAAGCUCCAUAGCAACUGGGGAUUAAUAGCUCAUAAAGACAUGGAGGGACGUCCUGCUGGAAGCAUCAUACGCACUUCAAUGGGAAACCCAAUUGUCAUUCGUCGACCCAGCCUGGAUGAGUUCACUCUCUUCAUGAAGAGAGGGCCAGCUAUUGCAUACCCUAAAGAUGCUAGUGCGAUGUUGACCAUGAUGGAUGUGACGGAAGGAGACUGUGUUUUAGAAUCAGGCUCUGGGUCUGGAGCUAUGAGCCUCUUCCUGUCCAGGGCAGUGGGUCAUAAAGGAAGUGUUUUGAGUGUGGAGAUAAGAGAAGACCAUCACAGAUGCUCUGUGUUAAACUACCAGCGUUGGCGAUCCUCGUGGAGUCUUCGGCGAGGAGAGGAAUGGCCUGAUAAUGUUCAGUUUCAUCAUGGAGAUCUCAUAUCUGCUAGACCUCUUCUGGAGGGUCGAGGUUUUAACUCAGUUGCUCUGGAUAUGGUUAAUCCACAUUUGGCUUUACCUGCUGUGGUUCCUCACCUCCAUCCUGGAUCUGUGUGCGCUGUUUAUCAAGCAAAUAUCACACAGGUCAUUGAUCUGAUGGAGGGUCUGCGAUGCUCUGCUCUUCCUCUGGUGUGUGAACGCAUUGUGGAGGUUCAGUACAGGGAUUGGCUUGUUGGCCCGUCACUCAAAAAAGACGGCACGUUUAAUAAACGAAAAGCUCCACGUGAAGAUGAUGAUGAUGACAAAUAUGAACCAAGUGAAGGUGACACAAAAGGGGAUUUGAAUUUUCAAGAUCCGGUGGCAUUUGGAGCUGUCCCAUACAUUGCACGUCCUCAUCCUGAACAGACUGGGCAUACAGCAUUCCUCGUAAAAUUACGAAAGAUCUUGAAAUAGAUGUUCCACAUUUAAUGUGUGCAAGAGGACAACAAAGCUACUGGGUCUCAUAUGCCAUAUCAAUAAACUUGUAUAAUAAAAAGCCAAU